UCCCAGUAUGACUGCCAAUUCAGCUGAUAGUGGUUUUGUUGCCCGUUUCGAGGGUAUUGCGGCCGAGGGUGUCCGCGAUCAAUAUGCUGACGGAAAAGCUGCCAAGGUUUGGGAAAUUUUCAUUGGUGACAAAAAUUCCCGCACAGAAAACUACAAAAAUUUCCUCAUCAAUCUGUUGAAGUCCAAGAACUGUAAGCGUAUUUUGGAUGUUGCCUGCGGCACAGGUGUUGAUUCCAUUAUGUUAUUGGAAGAAGGUUUCGAAGUUGUCUCUGUAGAUGCUUCCGACAAAAUGUUGAAAUAUGCCUUGAAAGAACGCUGGAACCGUCGCAAGGAAGCCGCUUUCGACAAUUGGGUCAUUGAAGAAGCCAAUUGGUUGAGUUUGUACGAUGACAUCAAGGAUGUUGUUAAAGACGGUUUUGAUGCUGUCCUCUGUUUGGGUAACUCAUUUGCCCAUUUAAUGGACUCUUCAGCCGAACAAUUACAACACAAGAAAGCCAUUAAAAAUUUCGAAAAGUGUUUGAAACCAGGUGGCGUUUUGAUUAUCGAUCAUCGUAACUACGAUAAUAUUUUGGAGACUGGAGCCACACCCGCCAAGAGUUUGUAUUACAAUUCAAGCCACACUGCCGACAUUAAGACCUCAGUAUUGUUUUACUGCGGCAAGCCUACUUUUGUCGCCAUGGACUACCUUAUCGAAGCCAAUAACUUGACCAGCGAAUUCCGCCUGACCUACUAUCCACACACUCUGAGCCAAUUCACCAAAAUAAUGAGAGAAAUUUUCGGUGACAAGGCUGAACACCAAAUCUUUGGGGAUUUCAAGGACCUGAAUGAAAUCCAAAAUCCCGCUUUCUACAUUCAUUUGAUGGAGAAAGGUUUAAAAUAAGGUCUAACU